AUGUAUAGACAAGUCAAACUACAUGAAGAUGACCAACGAUUCCAUACCAUCUUUUGGAGAUCAAACAGAAAUGAUCCAAUUCAAGAAUAUCAGUUGACCACGGUAACAUACGGGACUGCUCCCGCAGCCUAUCUAGCCAUAAAGACUAUGCAUCAAUUAGCAAAGGACGGAAGUAAAGAAUUCCCAGAAGCAGCAAAGCUAAUCUUUGAAGACUUCUACGUUGACGAUUUUCUGUCCGGAGCCCACAACAAAGAGGAUGCACAAAGAAUCAAACAAGUUCAGAAACUUUUAAGUAAAGGAGGAUUCAGAAUUAGAAAGUGGAAAUGCAAUCUGUCAUUGAAUGAAGAUACGUUCUUUCAAGAAAUUGGAAGUCAUGCAGAUAUUACCAAAAUCCUAGGAAUUGGCUGGCUACCACAAAGUGACAACUUUCAAUAUUCAAUUAAUCAAACUGAAAUACCAACGAACACGAAAAGACAAGUGCUAUCUGAAAUUGCUCCGAUAUUCGAUCCACUAGGCCUUAUGGCACCAGUUGUCAUCAAAGCUAAACUAAUAAUGCAAGAAAUAUGGAAGGCCGAUAAGAAGUGGGAUGAAGAAAUUCCAACAGAAAUCAAGACGACAUGGAACAAAUUCAAAGAAGAACUUCCAAUCAUAGAGAGCCUGCAAAUACCAAGAUGGUUCCGAUACAAUCCAGAACUACCAAUUCAAUUGCACGGAUACGGUGAUGCAUCACAAAGAGCUUAUGGAGCAGUAAUAUAUGCUAAAACAAUCGAGAAGAGCUAUGCCUACACAACUCUACUAGUAGCCAAAACAAAGGUUGCACCAAUCAAAAAUAAAAAGACCAUUCCACAGCUGGAACUAUGUGCAGCUACCUUAUUAGCGAAGUUGAUGAAAAUAACCGUUACGGCUUUGAAAAUCACCGGCGUAAAAAUCUAUACCUGGUCAGAUUCGAAGGUAGUACUAGCUUGGUUACACAAAACACCAAGUAAACAAAACGUCUUCAUAAUAAAUCGUGUCAACGAGGUUAAUAGACUACUAGGUCAAGUUCAGUGGAAUUACAUUAAAUCUGAGGACAUUCCAGCGGAUUUAUUAUCCCGAGGAGCAUUCCCAAGUAAACUUCUGAACAAUCCCUUAUGGAGGAAAGGCCCCAUAUGGCUACAGGCACCUACUUAUGGAGUCGAAAGGGCUGAAGAAAUCCCAAAUAAAAUAAUAGUAAAGAACGAAGUUCCAGAAGAAAAAACAGUGGCCACAACCAUCAUCUGUGAACCAUUUCAAUUAAUAACAGAAUUCUCGUCUUGGAAAAAGACUCUACAAGUGAUGGCCAAUUGCAAAAGGUUCAUUGACAAUUGUAAAACCAGGAAUACGAUUGAGUCCACACAAGCAACACUUCCUUCUUCCAUCAGCCCAGAUGAAAUUCAAAAGCCGAAAAUAACUCUCAUCACAAUAAUCCUGCCAACAAAAUGCCAUCUGACUGAUCUCAUAAUAAGGCACGCACAUCAUGAAACAUUGCAUGGAGGAACACAGAUGACAUUGACUCACAUCAGACAGGAAUUCUGGAUACCUCAUGGAAAAAACAAGGUUGAAACCAUCAUAAGACAAUGCGUCGUCUGCACACGAUUUCGUUCAACUACAUGCUCACAGAAAAUGGGAAAUCUACCAAGGGAAAGGGUGAUACCAUCCCACCCAUUCACGAAUGUAAGAAUAGAUUACGCUGGCCCGAUACAGACGAGAUUAUCAAGAGGUAGAGGAUCCAAAUGUUAUAAAGGAUACAUCUCCAUCUUCAUCUGUCUCGCAACUAAGGCGAUACAUCUAGAGGCAGUAAGUGACAUUUCAACGGACGCAUUCAUAGCUGCCUUCAGAAGAUUCACAUCACGACGUGGAUUAUGCUCUGCAAUAUUCAGUGACAAUGGAAUCAAUUUCGUCGGAGCUCAGCGAGUCCUUGACACAGAAUUUCAAAAAUCCAUUGAUGUACAAUACAGAAGGCAUUAG